UCCACCAAUGGAUAUUUCUUAUUAAUAUUAAUGCAUUUUCAUGCUUUGCAGUAGCAUUGAUAUAUUUGUUUGAACUCAGAGGAUUGAUUGACCUCGAAAAUGUAUUCAAAUAGAUACCUGGAUGAAGGUCCUUCUUAUGAGAGUUACCACUUAUCAGAAGAUGAAAAUGAGGAUAUGGUCCGUGCUAUUGAAUUCUCUCUUCAAGAAUCAAAAGCAGAAGAAAUAUACCCAGGCGAUACAGAGUAUCCCCAGAUUGAUGAAGUAGAAGAACUUGCACAAGAGCUGGAAGAAACCACAUUAUCUUCUACAGACUUGAGCACCAGUACUGGAGGCAGAGAGCUGAAGUGGUGGAAACUUUUCAAGGAGUUAAAUCCAUUUGUCCAUGCAUCAAGGAGCACAUCUUUCUGGAGAAAGAGUAGAAAGCGGUGCAAUAUUCUUGUUUGUGAUGUUUGUGAAGAAGAGAUUCGCUCGGAUUGGUCAAGGUGUGCAUACUGGGGCCAAACUUACUGUGAAAAGCAUACAUCUGAUGGAACUCCUCAGUGCUGCAGCUGUUCAAGAUUUAAGAUAGGAGACCUGAAGUAUAUCACUCUGAAUGAUGAUCGGAAACUUUGCCCUGAUUGUCAUUAUACAGCAGUGACAGAUCCUGGAGUCUGUAAGCCCCUUCUUGAUGAAGUACACAGAUUUUUCAAAGGAAUGAACAUGAAAAUCCGAUAUUACAUUCCAAUUCUGUUAGUUGAUGAAAAAGAGAUGAAAAAAAAUGAUCAAAAGACAUCACUUGGCUUGACUGUCUAUGAUAAAUCUGAAUUGGAAGCCGUAACUUAUGUGUCAAGGUCAAUACAGAAGGGUGAAAAAGUUAAAGUGGUGAAAGAAGUAGAGCAUCUGGUUGAAGGACGCAAAGUGAAAGCAAUGCUGCUUUUGUACGGCUUACCAAAGUUGGACUUGGGAGCAACUUUGGCUCAUGAAAUGAUGCACGCUUGGAUGAAGAUUGAAGGGUAUGAGCGGCUGUCCCUAAACAUCGCAGAAGGUAUUUGUGAAGUUAUAGCUCACAAGUGGCUAGAAUGGCAAUCUUUUACUGGUGAUGAAAACAUAAAAGGUACAAGUGAAAAAGCUCAGUUCUUGAGAAAUCUGAAAGAGUUUCUGAAAGACGGAAUUGAAAAAAACCAUUCCGAGGCAUAUGGUCAUGGAUUUAGAGAAGCAAAAUGGGCAGUUGAACGUUAUGGUUUAAGAUGCACACUGGACCAUAUAUCUCGUACAGGCAAGUUACCUGAGUGAUUUAAUUGCCUUUCUGCUUUAGAAGAACUUUACGUGCCAUUCGUAGAAU